AUGACAAUAGUCUUUGAUCUUGCCUAUUCAAAUGAUAAUGAAGUUAAAUUAAAAAGACAAAAGGAAAUGGAUGAUUUUAAACAUAAUAACAAGACUCUUAUCGCUAAAAACAGAGCACUUGCCGAGAAUGAAUACAAACAACAAAUUUUGGAGAAGGAAAAGAAGGAGGCAGUAGAGGAAGAAAGAAAACAUAAGGAAUCCCAACUCAAACACUUGAGAGAAGUAACAGUGCAAGAGAAACAAGAAGAAAAGAAUGCAACUACAAAUUUCCAAGUACCACUGGCAAUGCAAAUGGGAUUGAAUCAAAAGAGACAGCCAGCUCCGAAAAUGAUUGCUCAAACAGGAGUUAUCUAUGCAACUUUACCUCCCGAAGAACAGAGAAGAUACGAAGCAGCAGCUGGUUACACUCCUUCCUUUGUCAUGCAGAGAGCUAAUCAAGAAGCUUACACUCUUGUUUUGUAAUGAAUGUAUUCAUAUUAUACAGGAGAGAUCAAUCUUUAAACUCUCGGAAUUAGAUUUUCAGAUAACAUAUGAUGCAAGAUUUGGAAGAGAUUUGUAAAUUAGAAAUUGGUUGUUUGCUUCAAGUGAAGAUCGAAGAUGUCAACAAUAGAUGGUGCAUAUUAUACAGGUUCUAAUAACUCAAUAAAAUUUACACUCAUCAUGAAA